GGAGGUAGCAUUGUGUUGGGAUUGCCGUCGGUCGUCCGCCGUCGCCGGGGCUCCUAGUGAAGAACAGAACACCAGGUAGUAGACCGCGAAUACGCACGGAGGCUUGCUUUAUUUGGCGGCAGCCCGCGCACUUCAGUCGCCAUUCAGUACCGCUUGAAACACGAUCGCGAUCAUUUGUGAAAGAGAGCGCGCGCGCGAAAACAAGUUCCGGACCUUCCGCGGUUCAUUGGCUUGCGGUUGUCGUUGGUAUCGUUGCGGAAAAUCCUAGCGCUCAUAACAUUGCCGCCACGGUCAGGUGUGUGUCUGUAUGCGACUGCCCAAAGUGAUAUAAAACAAUUGCAGAAACUGCAGUGGUUGGCGAUUUUAGUUGCAACGGAGCAAAAAAAAGUCGUACAUGUAUCGAUAAAUCCGACAUCCGCUCAACGUUGAUUUAUUCUCCGAAGCUACAAGUAUGACCCACCUUCGGCGAAAUCGGUUGGUGCUUUCGAGCUGGUUGCUACUGUCGAUGGCAUCCGUAAUCCACGCUGCUCCCAGGAGUGAGAAUUUUCAGCUAAUUAUCCUCCACAACAACGACAUGCACGCCCGGUUCGAGCAAACGGGGGCCUACGGAAACGACUGCCAACCGGAGGAUGUCGCCAGCAACCGCUGCUACGGAGGAUUUGCACGAGUGGCUCACAAGGUGCGCCAGUAUCGGAAAACGGAAACGGACGGGGGAGUUCCCGUUCUCUAUCUGAACGCCGGAGAUACCUACACCGGGACUCCUUGGUUCACGAUCUUCAAGGAUAACAUCACGGCCGCUUUCUUGAAUAUGCUAAAACCGGACGCAAUCUCCCUAGGAAACCACGAGUUCGAUUUGGGUGUCGAAGGUCUGGUGCCGUUUCUCAAUGAGGUGGACUUUCCGGUUCUGGUGGCUAAUCUGGAUCUCAGUCAAACGCCGUCAAUGCAGAAUACCGCAUCGCUCAGGAAUUCGGUUGUGUUCGAUAAGGGAGGUGUCAAAAUUGGUGUGAUCGGUUAUCUGACUCCGGAAACGAAGCAGCUGGCACCGAGUAAUACCGUUUUGUACACGGACGAGAUUCAUGCCAUCAACAAAGAAGCUUCGGCUUUGAAAGCACAAGGAAUCAAUAUCCUCAUCGCCCUUGGUCACAGCGGAUUGGAACGAGACCAGCAAAUUGCUGCGGGUUGUCCGGAUAUUGAUAUCGUCAUCGGAGGCCAUUCGCAUACGUUCUUGUACACGGGAACCGCCCCGGAUAUUGAUCCGACCGAAGGUCCCUAUCCGGUAAGAGUGAAUAACUCAGCAGGUCGAGAAGUGCCCGUAGUUCAGGCAUUCGCAUAUACAAAAUAUCUCGGACACAUGCUGGUUGAGUUUGACUCCAGUGGUAAACUGGUGUCCUUCAAUGGUAGCCCGAUCCUACUGAAUGGGGCAGUGGAAAGGGAUUCCGAUGUCUUGGAAUUGCUGGAACUCUACCGACCCGGUGUCCAAACACUCGACGAAGUCAUCGGACAUACAACGGUUUUGCUAGAUGGCACCAGAUGUCGCUUUGAAGAAUGUAACAUAGGAAACAUGAUUGCGGAUUCGAUCGUUAUGGCGUACGCAUCGUCUCGCGAUGAAAACAGCGAGUACUGGACGGAUGCGGCUAUUGCGUUUAUACAGGGUGGAGGAAUUCGCGCUUCGAUUGCACCGGGUGCCGAGGGAAAUAUCACCAAGAAGGAUGUGCUAACGGUAUUGCCUUUCGGUAACGCAGUUAUUCUAGCGGAAGUCCCCGGUGAGACAAUCAGACUGAUGCUGGAACGUAGCGUAGCCCGAUAUGAUGGAGUAACCGGAUUUGGGGAAUUCCUGCAGAUGGCUGGAGUUCACGUCGUGUACGAUUUAGGGAAACCACCAGGUCAACGCGUGGCCAGCAUAGAGGUACGAUGUGCCCGUUGUUUGACGCCAACCUUCGCUCCAAUCUAUGACUACGAUCGGUACAAAAUCCUGAUGAAUCAAUUUCUCUGGGACGGAGGCGACGGCUACGACAUGUUUAGUGGGCGUAACUUUGAAGUGCUGGCCUGGAAGGAGGCCGAAAUGACCGAGCAGUAUUUGAGGAAGUAUUCACCGAUCUAUCCGGCCAUCGAAGGUCGAAUAACACUGAAGGGACAGGUGAAUCCGGAUCACAUGACGACUACGACCGCUAGUCCUGGUUCGACGACCGAGGAUGAUGGAGGAGGUGCGGCUGGUAGCCUCAAGGCCACGGCAGUAACGGUCAUGGCACUUGCAUUUAUGAGUGUCUUCCAGAGAGUGUUCUUGUGAUGUGUGUCGUUGUUAUUGUUGUUGACUGGAUUUCGAGUUGUUGUUAAAAGUAUUCCUGUUUUUAAGUACAAAUAAAAGCUGUUUAGUGUAAGGACUUUAUCGCAA